UUCGACUUUUCCAAGAGAAAUGGGCAUGCCUGUGCCGCCGAAGUACCCGCGGACAUCUGCAGAUUAAUGCAAGAGGCAAUUGGAGACUUGAAGAAACAUUUCAACUCAGCACACCCGAUCAAUCUCGAGAUCCAGAAAACGAUGAUCCAGGAUCGUCAAUGGAUCCGUAGCUUUUCCCAUGCGCCCAGGACGAGGCAUUCGACACUGACUGACGACGAAGUGCGACAAUACGAGACGAAGCGCGUCAGUUGGGACGAAGUGGCAAAACUUUGUGCCAAGGUCGUUAGAACGGAAUGGAUCUCGCAGAGCUUCUGGCGACUUUGAAGCCGCGCGUGGACAGGGAAUUGGCCUUUCACGGCGGUCGGUGCCUAAGAAGCCCUCUUAUCUAUUAGGGUAAGAUAGCAUUCCAGGGCUGGGAUGAUUAUAAUGCUCUGCCCAGGAUUCUGCGCUUUCUCGACAUGCUACAGAAGACGUUUCCGCGACUCCACGACACUCACAAGGCGAUUGGAGGCAUGUAGCAGCAUACGAGCGAUACGUAUGCGUUGUCUUCGGCGCCGCGGUAACUCCCUCUCGGCAUCGGACUCCACAACUUCCUCCAGAACUACCUUAUGUUGCUCACGUCGCUCAGGGACAAAAUCGCGACAUGCAUCGAUGCAGU